CCCUCGUGGUUGUGUAGUGGAUAAAAACAUGAUAUGGUUUUGCUGGAUGCCGUGGUAGUGGUGCUAGGUGACCUGACUUCCCAUGCUCACCAAGAAAAUGCUGUUCCUGCCUUGAUCCCUGACAAUGUGACUCCAUAAGGACAGCAUGGCGGACCAGGAAUUUUUUGACAUGCUUGCUGCUGGCAAUGCUCCAGAGAUUGGUGCCAGUGCCAGCUGUCCCGGCUGUCUGCAGGCCCAGCAGGAGAUGGCGGAGCUGCGUAGGCAGUGGAUGGAGAUGGACCGCAUCAAGAUGAAGAUUAUCAACACCGAUCAGCUGAUCGGGCGAUACAAGCGCCUGUUGGCGCGGCACCAGGAGCAGACGCGCAGUCUGGAGGAGGGCUCGCGGCUGGUGGCGCAGCUGCACCGAGACUGCAGUCGACACGAGGCCGAGCUGGCCAGUCAGCUGGCGGAGCUGACCCGCCUGAGGGAGGAGGUACAGACGAAGUCAGCCCAGCUGAAGACAAUGUCGGAGCGGCUCGUCGAACUGGAGGACCAUAAGCAGGGCGCAGAGUCGGCCAUGGUCCAGUACAAGGUCGCCCUGACCGACCUGGAGCACAGGUCCGAGGCUGCCCUGCAGGCGGCUAAGGACAAGGUCAUCGCGGUGGAAGAGAAGCGCCGCCAGACCGUGGUGCGGGCGCUGGAGAAGAAACACCGCGAGGAGCAGCGGCGGCUCCUGCAGCACGCCGUCAUGUUCGCAGAGCGGGCCCAGAAGAACGGUGGCCUCAGGAAAAGCGAGCUGAAAAUAUAUCGGGCUUGCAAGAAAAGCAUUGCCCGUCUGCAGUCUACAGCUAAAGCAGACAAGCGCGGCGGCGGCGCCGGCUCCUCUGUGGAGGAUAGCGGCGACGAUGGCGCCUCCGGCGGUGCAGACUCAGACGACGCCAGUGCAGACUCAAACAGCGGCGGCGCCAGUGCCAGCGAAGACUCCGAUGGUAGCGAUAGUGACGAACGUCCCUUGGCGAGCCUGCGCAAAAACUCGACGAGGUCGCGAGCCAGGGUGGUGCUGGCAUCUGACCCGAACUCGUCCAGAGUCGCAGCGGCGGCGCCUGGCCGGCGUCGGCCCGAGUCAGGAGCGAGUCGGCGACUCGGUCAGCCCGAGUCAGAAACAGAGGAAGCGCAGGCCGAGUCGGUGUCGAGUCGAGGCCAGAUCCAAGUUGAGCCGGAAUCCAGCCGGCUCAGCGCCAGUCAAAGAAAGAGCCGUCUUGAAUCCGGAGGGGGCCCAGCUGCUAAACAGGCGUCGUCUCCCAUCAUCACCAUCCCCGGCCUGCCGCCAAUUGCCGUCGCUGCCCCGGUCCGGCGGCCGCCGCCGCCGCCGGCUCCGGCCGGCCGCUGCGUCAGCCCGCUGCUGGACGGGCUGGGGGACGAGCUGAGUGGCGAGCCCGCGCUGGGAGGCGGCUUCAUGGACAGCCUGCUACACUGCGCGGUGUUGCUGCUCGAGUCGCCAGAGAAGCAGGACCGGCGGGCGGGCGCCUCCGGCUUGGCGGACUCUCCGGGUCUGCCCAGCUGUCCCGUGCUGGUGUUUGAUUCCCCGGAGAAGUCUGGUGUCGUCCCGCCGCCUUCCGCCUCCUCAGAGGACCCGGAGGAGCCUUUAGCGACGGCUGACGCCCCGACGGGGCCUACCUCGCCGACUCCCGGUCCUGAAGAGGAGGCCGGCGGCUGCUCGGCAACGCCGGCCAUGCAGCAGCACCUGAUGACGCUGUCCGAGCUCGGCUGCCUGCUGUCCGACUCCGACUCGGACGCGGACUCUGCUGACGGCUCGACCGCCGGGUUCGCGGCCCGCUCGCUGCACUGCGGUGGUUGGCAGAGGGGAGAGCAGCACGAAAGUGGAUGCCGCAGUGUCUGA